AUGUCUCAAAUUUCGAUUAAGAAAGGCCCCAUCAGCCUCGCCGGCCUUCUCUUCAAGCCCACUGAGUCCUCUGGGAAGACGCCGGGUCUUGUUAUUGUCCACCCAGGUGGUGGUGUUAAAGAACAAACUGCAGGGACAUAUGCGAAAAGGCUUGCCGAGGCAGGUUUCACAACAAUCGCCUAUGAUGCGUCCUUCCAGGGUGCCAGUGGAGGAGAACCCCAUUUCCUCGAAGAUCCAAAUGAGCGUGUGAGCGAUGUUUAUGCUGUCAUCGAUUAUCUCCAAAAUCUUGACUCCGUAGACUCGGAGAGGAUUGGUGUACUGGGCAUCUGUGCUGGCGGUGGUUACGCAGUUGCUGCCGCCAAGGGAGACCAACGAUUGAAGGCUGUGGCAACCGUCAGUAUGGUGAAUAUUGGAGACUCAGCACGACUUGGGUGGGACGGAGAUGAGGAUCCUUUGGAGAAACUUGGCAACUUGAAGGCAGCAGCAGCUCAAAUCACGGCUGAGGCAAAAGGUGCUGAACGUGCAGCCGCGCCAUAUGUGCCUCCCCAGCCUGACGACAAGACUCCUCGAGAUAUGAGGGAAGCCAGCGACUACUACCUCACCCCGCGGGCACAGCAUCCCCGUGCCGAAAACAAAAUGCUGUACCUCAGCUUCCCCCGCGUUCUCACCUUCGACGCGUUCCACCUCGCGGAUGUCUUCCUCAAGCAACCAACUCUUCUCAUUGCCGGUUCGGAAGCCGGAUCUCUGUGGCAUACCGAGAAAUUGAACAAGCUCAUUGGUGGUGCGACCAGGAAAGUUAUUGUUCCAAAGGGGGCACACAUGGACUUUUACGACAACGAAGCCUACGUGGGCCCCGCAGCGCUGGAUGUUGCUAAGUUUAUGAAAGAACAUUUGUCCUAA